AUGGCUUCCACGGUCCCGGCUCCUUUUCCAUCCCCCACCGCAACGUGGCACAAUACCACAUAUCCAUCUCUAUCUCCCACCAGGCCCGAGCUAUCUGCCAAAGGCAAGACCGUGAUAAUCACAGGAGGCGGCACUGGCAUCGGUGCAGAGACGGCUCGCUACUUUGCCCAAGCAGGCGCCUCUCGAAUCGGGCUCCUUGGCCGUCGGGAACAGCCGCUCCUCGACACCAAAGCAUCGAUCGAGCAGAAAUUCACGGGCGUCGACGUGUUUGUGGCCCCCACCGAUAUCACCAAGCAGGACCAAGUGGACGCGGCCUUCGCCAAGUUCGUGGACGACGGAAAGAUCGACGUUGUGGUCAGCAAUGCGGCCGUGGUUGGAACUCAGGAUCCCGUGAGGGAGGUGGACGCCGACAAGUUUCUCGACGGCGUCCAGAAAAACCUCAGUGGAGCUUUAUUGGUCGCGCAGGCCUUUCUUCGCUACGCGGCGCCUGGAGCCGUCGCCAUCAACGUUUCUUCGAGCGUUGCACAUGUGGAUUUUACUCCCAGCUUUGCUUCGUAUGGCGUCGCAAAGAUGGCGGUGAUUCGGCUCUGGGACUCGGUGGCCUUUGCGAACCCGGACCUCAGCGUCUUCCACAUCCAGCCCGGCGUCGUGGACACGGACAUGAAUAAGGAAGCAGGAGGUGUCGCUGCCGUCGGCUUCUCAGAUCACGUUUCUCUGCCGGCAAGCUUUAAUGUUUGGCUGGCAAGCCCCGAAGCACGUUUCCUCAAGGGCAGGUUUCUGUGGACAAACUGGGAUGUAGAUGAACUCAAGGCUCAAGCCAAAGAGAUUGAAGCGGGUACGCGGUUCAAGAUUGGGCUUGUUGGAUGGCCGUUUGAGGCUGCUUGGAGGAGCCCAUGGAAAGAACAGUGA